AUGGCGGUGAACAAGAACCACACCCAGAGCCGCAGCGGGGUUGUCGUUCCUUUUGGCGAAAGUGUCUUGCAGCAAUGUCAGGAAGUGUACCUCUCCUUCCCACAGCAACCAGAGGGAUCCAAUCUCUUUAGUGGUACAAAGAGGGGAACAUUAUUUCUCACUUCAUACCGGGUGAUCUUUGUGACUUUACCCUCAGUCAACGAUCCCAUGCUUUCUUUUAUGAUGCCGUUUGAUCUGAUUAGUAACUGGACACUUGAACAGCCAGUCUUUGCCGCCAACUACAUUAAAGGAACCAUUCAGGCAGCUCCAGAUGGUGGCUGGGAAGGACAGGCUACUUUUAAGUUAAGCUUCAGAAAAGGAGGCGCCGUCCAGUUUGCCCAGUUGAUGAUGAAAGCUGCCUCUGCUGCUGCCAGCGGAGUUCCACUUGGAAGUGUAACUUGCUGGUUCGGUGCUCCAGGAUUGAGUGUAGUUACCUGUCAGGGAAGCAUGAUGGGCACCCAACAGAUGCCUGGCCCAGCAUACCCAGUUGUUGUCUAUGGACCCCCACCUGCGGGAUAUGGAACCCCACCUGUGGGAUAUGGAGCCCCACCUCCGGGAUAUGGAGUCCUGCCUGCGGGAUAUGGAGCCCCACCAGUGGGAUACAGAGCCCCGCCUGCAGGACAUGGAGCCCCACCUGCAGGACAUGGAGUCCUACUGGCUGGAAAUGAAGCCCCGCCUGCAAGAUGUGAAACUCCACCUGCUGGAAAUAGAGCUAGGGCUCAUGAAUCUGUGGCAGCCCAGCUGGCUGGGUCUGAGACCUCUCCUUCCGUUGCCUCAUCUUCUCAGGCUCGUUUACCACCUUCUAAGAAGUAA